AUGGCCCAAGAUCCCCGCGCCCUGCUGCAAAAGGCAGACAAGCAGCUCUCGUCGGCUGGUGGUGGGUUCAGUUUCUUCGGCGGAAGGGAGGAGAAGUACCAGGAUGCCGCCGAGCUGUACCUGCAGGCGGCCAACGCCUUCAAGAUGGCCCGCCAGCCCCUCGAAGCCGGCCAGGCCUUUGAAAAAGCAGCGAGCAUCCAGACGACGAACCUCAAGGAACCCGACGACGCAGCCAACACGCUCGUCGACGCCUUCAAGGCCUACCGCACCGUCGACGCGGCCGCGGCCGUGCGCUGCCUCGACGUGGCCAUCAACCAGUACUGCACCAAGGGCAACUUCCGACGGGCGGCGGGCCACAAGGAGGCCCUCGGCGAGCUGUACGAGACGGAGCUCGGCGACACCAAGAAGGCGCUCGAGUGCUACGAGGCGGCGGCGGGCUGGUACGAGGGCGACAACGCGACGGCGCUCGCCAACAAGCUGCACCUCAAGGUCGGCGACGUGGCCGCGCUCGAGGCCGACUACUACAAGGCCAUCGAGGCCUACGAGCGCGUCGCCUCCGCCUCCGUCUCCAACAAUCUCAUGAAGUACUCGGUCAAGGACUACUUCCUCAAGGCCGGCAUCUGCCACCUCGCCACCGGCGACGCCGUCGCCGCCCGCCGCGCCAUCGAUAAGUACGCCGACCUCGACCCCUCGUUUGCCGGCCAGCGCGAGUUUGCUCUGCUCAACGACCUGCUCGCCGCCGUCGAAAAGUCCGACCAGGACGAGUUCACCGACAAGCUGUUCCAGUACGACCAGGUCUCCAAGCUCGACCGCUGGAAGACGACGUUGCUGGUGCGCGUCAAGGGCGCCAUUGAGGAGCCCGAGGACGAGUUUGCUUGA